AUGCGAGGAGACAAUGCCGGCCAUGCCUCCCCUGGCAGGGACUUUAGCGAUGUGAUACAUGGCGAAGACUUGGAAUUCAGAGAGACCAAUCAGCCGUCUCUCAUGAAGCAGCGUCACAAAGGUCUACCGCGAGCCCCGCUGCCUUUUUUUGCAUCUUUUCUGGAAACGCAACUCAUCACCAUGGCAGGGGCUGCGUCUGGUUUCGUUGCUGGAGUUUUUGUGUGUCCUUUAGACGUCAUCAAAACACGGUUUCAGGCCAAGAGCGUAAACUACAAAUACUCUGGCUUUUUCAAUGCAUUUAAAACCAUCAUUCAUGACGAGGGUCCUGCGGCACUCUUCAGAGGUGUGAUACCUGUGACUAUUGGCUACUUGCCCACUUGGGCCAUAUAUUUUACUGUAUACGAGAGAGCCAAGGGAUUUUACCCUCGUUUCUUUUCCGAGACUUUCGGUAGUAACAUAGUGUUCAUGGACCACUUUGCUGCUUCUAUCACUGCUGGAGCUUGUUGUUCUAUUCUUGUAAACCCCAUUUGGGUCGUGAAGACGAGACUUAUGGUACAGACUGGUAAAGAGAAGGUUCUCUACAAGGGAACAGUCGAUGCAUUCAAAAAAAUGUACCAUAACGAAGGCAUUCGCGUCUUCUAUAGCGGUCUCGUUCCGUCACUUUUCGGGCUUGUUCAUGUAGGAAUCCACUUUCCUCUUUACGAAAAGCUCAAAAGCAUUCUCCAUGUAUCCGAAAGUGAAGAUAUUGCAAAAACAUCGAAUAUGACUCUUUGGCGACUCUUGGUUGCCUCAUCUGCUUCCAAAAUGAUCGCCAGUACUAUUACAUAUCCCCAUGAGAUUCUACGAACCAGGAUGCAAAUGCAGUCUGCCGAGGAGCGUAGGACCCUGAAGCUCUCUAACGAAUUUCGAAAUAUUUACGCCAGAGAGGGAUAUCGCGGGUUUUAUGCGGGAUACAUUACUAACUUAGCGAGAACAGUGCCAGCGAGUGCUGUGACACUUGUAAGCUUUGAGUAUUUCAAAACAUAUUUAUUGGAAUUGAGCGGCAGAAUCACAGCCGAUUAG